AUCAGCUGCUGCAGCAUUAUAGAUCACUUUGAAAGGAUCCCAGCAUAAGACCUUUAUGUCAUCUCUCACCCUGUUUCAGCAAUAUUCAGCAAAUGCUCUCUGUCCACAGAAUCCAAGCAGCUGCACAAACGUCCCUUUUCCCAGGGAAUCACACCAUAACUGCGAGUGCCCCCCUCUCCCAGCCUAUCACUAGCAGGCAAUGGAAAAUGGACUUCACUUCUCUGUAGUCAGAAGUCAUGAAGCCCUGACACCUCCUCUUGGCUCUUUUUCCCUGCAGAAGAUUUGCCAGAGGCCAUGGGGGCUCUGCAGAUGGGAUCCUGACGUACCCUGCAUUUCUGUGUCGGCUUUAUCAGAGCUCUGCACUUUUCAAAAGGGCUUUUUAAGCUCUUGAGUAAGGAGUGCUCUCCACCUCAUCCUGCCUCAUCGCUCCUCAGGAGGGAACUGCCUUAGACUUCUCCAAGCUGGAGUUUUCUUCCUUCUUUCUUCCAAGAGAACUGUCAAGGCAAAGGACAUCUACACCACCUGGAGCUGGUGCAACCAGACUCUUUCUUAUGGAUUGUGGGCACAUUUCUACCAGUAAAUUGUCUGUUUGUCUUGAUGAAUGACUUCUGAAUUGCUGCAAGAAUCUGGUAAUUCUUUAGUUGAAGAAUUGUCACCAAAACCUGACUGUAAAUUAAAAACUGCAGAUUUUUCCAGUUAAGAGAAAAAAAGGGAAAGAAACAGAUGUAAACGACCUCUACUUGAACUCAAAUGCUCUUUACAGUGCCUUCUUGGGUGGACUCUAGGAUGCCCAUGCUGCUGGUCAGCCUUCUGUUGCUGAUCUCCUUCCAAAGGCUGGCUGCGUCCCACCUCAUGAUGGACAUGGCUCUGCAUUCUUUUGAUGACCAGUAUCUGGGGUGCAGAGAUCAGGUGAUGGAAGAACUGGAGCGAGGAGACUAUUUCCAAAAGGAGAUAGCUGCUAACAAGGACUAUUUGAGUCUCUGGAAGAAGGCUCAGGAGGCUUUGUUAAAGAGCCCUGUAGGUCUCCUGAGGGAGAUGCAUGAGAGCCACGCCAUAGCCCUCAUGGCUUACACCAUGAACUCUUCCCUGCAUUCUCAGCUGAACUGGGCCACAUCUACAGCAGGAAGCUCUCCAGAGCACUACAGACACAACUUCAGUUUCAAAUAUUUUCACUUUUACUUAACGACUGGUAUCCAGAUAAUGAAGCAAUGGCAGAGCAGCAAGGACAGCACGGGAAAACAUAAGUGCUACCGGGUGCACAGGGGUGUAAAAGGCUUAUAUAUCCAGGCCAAAGUAGGCAGCAGGGUGCGAUUUGGCCGUUUCACCUCCACCUCCCGCCUCUGGAGUGAAGCCCAGAAGUUUGGGAAUGAAACUUUGUUCACAAUGACCACUUGCCUGGGAGCAGCUGUGCAAGGCUUUUCUUACUACACAUCUGAGAAGGAAGUCCUUGUUCCCCCUUAUGAGAUAUUCCUUGUCAAAAGCUUCUUUCGGACACAGCAGGGUAACCGGCUGCACCUGCACUCUGUGGGGAGCUACAGCAAGUACCACUGCCAGCUCCUCAAAGGUAUCAUAUAUAGCCCUUCGUGCAGGGGGGGGCUCAGGACAGACCGGUCUCAAGUAGUCCAAGCAGCUCUCACCAGCUGCACCUACACGGGGCCAUACUCAAGGCCUAAUCUGUAGCUUGCCCACUGCAUUCGCCUACAAGAGCCACACGAUCCAGUUUUCAGCUGGUGGUUGUGAAACCUGGGAGCACCCCGCAGCUCUCUAGAGGGUAGUACAUCUCAUAUACAGCAGCUCUCAGGGGUCUUCGCAGCCUCCAUUUAUCCAUCUGCCAUUGCAAGGAUGUCAUAGGACACAAGCAUUUGGGUCCCCACCAUUCCUGCUGCAAGGGCAGAUGAGAUUUGCAGGCAGCGUGAAUUCAGAUAUUUAUUCUGGUGGCUUGCAAGGCUGCUAUGCUUCAGGCCUUGGGACAAAACUGUUGCUGCUUUAGUCGUGUUCUCUCUCCUGUGGCAGAAGGUAUGCUUUGGCAAAGCACACACUGUCAGUAUUCUGCCUACAGAAAUAUCUGUUCUGUGCUGGAAGACCUCACUGGGCCUCUUCCACAGCCCUGUCCUUCUGUGAGUCCACCACCACUACAGGACUAUUGUUUUGUGUCUCUGAGCAAUAGUGUGACAAUGCAACCUUUGAGCAUAGAAUCAUCAUUCAGGAGUGAGAAUUUGUGCCUGUACCUAAGCCAAAGUAGGAGGUAGACAGGAGGAAAUGCCUUAUUUGGGCAAAGGCUGUGUUAACAAGUGCCAAAGCUUCAGGCAGGCAGAAGAGGUCUAAAUGACUGCUCUCAU